UGUGCGCGCGCGCUGCGUGGGGGUGUUCGCGUGAUGUCAUUUGGCAGAACGGGAGGCUGAGCUAACGGUGGAGGAAGCACAACAAUAACCGUUACCGUGUAACCGUCCAUAUCCGCACCUCUAACGGGCUCGUUUGGAUGUUAAAUACGCAGCGUUAGAGAGAGAAAAAACAAAAAAACAGAAAAAACAGGGAGGAAGAGGAGGAAGGAGAAGAAGAGGAGGAAGAGGAGGUGAAGCUAACGGACUCUAAAGUACCAGAUGCUAUUCCAGCGGAGACGGAGAACGGGCUCGGAGCAGCAGGAGACGGUGAUGGGUUCUCGUUUUCCUGACGGCUAACCUCACCGUCGCUACAAACACGGAUACUGCGGAGUGAGGGGGGGACACUUCCUUUGCUUCUUCCCCCCGCCUCCCUCUGCGUGACAUUGGGUCUGAAAUGCUAGCGCAGCCGCGGUCUCGGCCGUCGAGCAGCCUCUGGGCCGCAGCUCGGCUCACCGAGCCCGAAUCUGGAAACUGAAGCUAAGCUAGCUGUCUAGGCUAGCCGCAGCUGUACCCCGAUGCUGCUGCCGCUGCGGCUGCUGCUGCUGCUCAGACAACACAAAGCGGUCCAGGAGCCCGGUGCUGAGUGAGCUUUAUUGUGUUUCUAACCUUAACUGGACUACAACUUGCGUUUGAGAUGUGAUGCUUUUUGUGCGUCGUUUUUUUUUUUUUGGGAGCCCUUUUUUUUGUUGGUAGCUGUGGAGGCUCUCGCCUCCUCUGCUUGACGAGCUAACGUUGCUGCAAAAUGCACAGCAGAACCACAACAGCAGGCUCCUGCUGAAGGGGGCGAGGUUAAGACUGAUAGCAGCCCAUCCUGAGUGUGUUUGUGUGUGUCACUUACACACUUAAAAGAAAGAGAAAAGAGGGGGGGGUCAACAUUUGGACCACCACAUUUUUUUACUCCACAUUCAUUCAACCACCGCUUCAUCAGCUGCAGCGAUAUGGAUAAACUAACGAUCAUUUCAGGGUGCCUGUUUCUGGCAGCAGAUAUCUUUGCAAUAGCCAGCAUUGCAAACCCAGACUGGAUCAACACUGGUGAAUCAGCAGGUGCCCUUACGGUCGGUCUAGUUCGGCAAUGUCAGACCAUCCACGGACGAGACCGGACCUGUAUUCCACCACGGCUGCCACCGGAGUGGGUCACCACACUUUUCUUCAUCAUCAUGGGCAUCAUCUCCCUCACGGUCACCUGCGGACUGCUGGUGGCGUCGCACUGGCGCCGAGAAGCCACCAAAUACGCCCGCUGGAUCGCCUUUACUGGCAUGAUCCUGUUCUGCAUGGCGGCGCUCAUCUUCCCCAUAGGCUUCUAUAUCAACGAGGUGGGAGGCCAGCCGUACAAGCUGCCCAACAACACGGUGGUGGGCUCGUCGUAUGUGCUGUUUGUCCUCUCCAUCUUCUUCACCAUAGUGGGACUUCUGUUUGCAGGCAAAGUUUGCCUCCCGGGCUGAGGACUCGACCGUGCGCCGCCUCCGGACUGACACGAGAGGCUCUGAAAACGGGAUUUACAAAACAAAACAAAACAAAAAAAACGAAACACACACACAAUGACUGAAAAUCAAAAACAACAAACUCUGGCCAGAAGCCUGAUACAGGGAAGUCUUUGAUGAUGUGUCAAAGGACCGCAGCACCGUGGAGUACCUAACGACUUAAAAAUGAAUAAAUGAACAAAACACUAAAAAAGGGGGGGGAGAGGAGGACGUGAAGUGCGAGAGAGGGCACCCGAGGCUGUCGCAGCACCCUGCCACUGUUGAUUUAAAAAUAUGGCCGUCUCUCUGUUGUUGUUGUUGUGUUGCGGGGGGGUAAAAAGGGUGCUUACUGUGCCGCUGUCAUGGCAACAGCGGCCACAACGCUGGCGCACAUUUCUUGAGGACCACUACAGCCGCUCCUCGACUUGACCCCCCGGCCUCGGCACACAUCUGCGCUGUCACGACCGCUCCUGUUGCUAUUUUUGGCUUCUCUUAGCUAUUUCAGUUGUGUGUUUUUCCGUUGUUGUACAUCUUGUGUUUUUUUUCUUUCUUCUUAUUUUUGCCUCCACCGCCCACGCCGCCUUUUCCACUGAAGUAGCUCGAGUGUAAUUGAGGUUCACUGAACUGAAUCCUUGAGGGGGAACCGGUGGGGUUUUUUCUCCUGCCAGCUUAGCUUUAGAGCAGGGUUUUAUCCUCGCCUGUCACUUCAUGAGAGCCCCAGGUGUGUGUGUGGCUCGGGGAGAGCAGCUGUGAGCCCAGCUGUCUGGUCCAGCUCACAGGGCUGCUGUGGACCAGAGGAAAGGUGCAGGUGUGCAACAACCAGGAGCAGGUAUCAGCGAGGAGUGACCUCCCUGGGCAGCAGAACAGGAGGUCAAGUACCAUAAAGGAGAAUGCCACUCAAUAUAAGACUUGCAUUAUGUUAUUUACAGAGUAUUUAGUGAGUUUGCCAAUAACUAGAAGACUGUGAAUUAAGAGAACAAUCAUCUGAAGACACCUCUUGUAUUUGUAGUAAGUACAGCCAGGAGCACUGUGGCAAGUAUUCAGAGGUCUACAUCACUGUGGGCUCGACAUGAACUCAUUAAUCUCUAAUUAUAGCAGACAGUAUUGACUUUCAUAACUCGAAGGUGUGAAAAUAACUUAAUGUGAAUGCUGAACAUUGGUGGUAUUCUCCUUUUUUAAUGUUGGACAGGAAAGAAAGGGAGCCAGGAGUAUUAUCGUCUUGUUUUGUACAACAGUGAAGGCACUGGGACUGCAGGUCAAGUCCAUGCAUGGGGCUGUGCCUCAGUGUGCUGCCCAUGAGGUCCGUGAAUGUAAAACACGCACACACACACACACACACACACGCACACGCACACACACACACACCUUAACUGCUAUUUUCAUUGCCUGUGCACGUGACUACGCGCUACUAACGACUAUGCACGCCAUGCUUUAUUCAGCUCAUCAGAGGUUGGUGGGUCAUUUUCUCAAUUGGAUUUUUGGAACUACAGCGCCCGUAAACGGGAAGUAGAAUGUUGCCGCGCCAUGCUUUAGCUCAUAUAUUUUGACACCAUUAAACGCACACACAAGUUAGUCCCUCUUGUACCCACGUAUGUACAGACGGCUAUCACUGGAUUAUACGAUACUGAAGAAAACUUAAAGGCGCGAUGAUUCUCAGGCGAGUUCUGGAGGUGAAGAGUUGUUUUUGUCCUAUAAUUUCUAAGCACAUAAUUAUUAUUAAUCAUUAAUAAAACUCUGGUCUGUACAAAGCAGUGUAGCGCAGACAUCCCUCGACUUAACAGUUCUCAUAACCUACAUGUUUAAAUUUCAGUAUCCUAACAAAGUAAAGCUUAAAUAAUAAAAUAAGUGAUCAGUUGAUUAAUUAAUAGUUCAGCUCUUCCACAUAGGCUUGUAUUUUGCAUGUUUACACUCUCCAGAUGUGUGCGCGUGUGUGUGUGUGCGUUGAAUCAGUCACGGAUCUCAGUCGCUUAGUCUUAGAGGUUUUUUUUUGUUUGUUUUGUGUUUCUGUUCCCUGCUCAGCUUUUCUUAUUCUUGGUCUGAUGAUGUAUACUGCUAACUCUACACUCUGCGGUGCCCCCGCUGUCUUGGUUGGUUCAGUAUUGUGCCAUGACCUGUUUUUGUUUAAUAAUGUACAGACACAAAAAGGCAGGAUUUCUGUAUUAGGAAGCACUGUGCAUUCAACAGUAUAGGUAACAGAAAUAGAAGCACCACAAAUGUACAAAAAAAAAGAGAAACUUCUUACCUCAUUGUUUUUGUUUCUGCUAUUAUUUUCUAAUGGUGGCAAUGUGUGCCCUCUAAUUUGUCUCUUGCCUUGAUCGGAUGUCUUCACAUAAAGCCUAUGAUCAUAGGAAAUUAUUUAUCACUGAAUAAAACGAGAAAAAAUGGGUGUGUGUGACUCUGA